GUUUAUUGAAAUAAAUUGAAAUAAAUGAAGGUGGAAAGCUAAAUUUAGCUUUUUGUAGUGUUGGAGUGAAAAUGAGAUUUGAAGAGCUAAAAAACAAUAUUUAACUAUUUGGGGAGUCAAAUUUGACUUUGUGGGUUGGAGACUUGGAGUUAGCCUUAGUCUUUCUCCAAAAGUACACCAUUGAUCAUUAUAUUCAAUUAUUAGUUACACCCCUAAAGUUUUCACUUUACUCAAAUCAACCCUCCAAAAACAUAGUCCUUCACAUUUUACCAUUUCCCCCUCUAAUAAAAACUUAUAUACCACAACGAGAGCGAACCUUUUCACCUGAUCUCUUCCCCAGUGUCGCAACCUAACGCCGUUCUCCUCCUCCUUCCCUAAUCUCCACCGCCGACGACCACCAGGCCAAACGAUGUUCCGUCAGGCGAGCCGUCUUCUGUCCCGAUCGAUCGCUCACCAACAGCCCACCAAGACGCAGGUCGCCGCUCGCGCUUUCUCCACCGAUGUUUCGGCCACGCCAACAGAGGAUUCGCCUUUCGCCCAAUCUUGGAAGAAGGUGAUCCCCCAUAUUGAUGCACCCAAGACUCCGUCCUCGUACAUGAAGACUCGCCCGCCCACGGCCUCCGCCAUUCCGACUAAGCUGACCGUCAACUUCGUCCUUCCCUACGCUUCCCAGCUCUCCGAGAAAGAGGUUGACAUGAUCAUCGUUCCAGCAACGACGGGGCAAAUGGGUGUCUUGCCUGGCCAUGUCCCCACCAUUGCGGAGCUAAAACCUGGGGUUAUGACCGUGCACGAAGGCACCGAUGUUUCAAAGUACUUUGUCAGCAGCGGGUUUGCAUUCAUCCAUGCGAACUCAGUUGCUGAUGUGAUUGCAGUCGAGGCUGUACCUGUUGAUCACCUUGACUCGAACUUGGUCCAGAAGGGGUUAGCAGAGUUCACUCAGAAGCUUGGUUCUGCUUCGACUGACCUGGAGAAAGCCGAGGCGCAGAUUGGAGUGGAUGUCUACAGUGCAAUGAACUCGGCUCUCACGGGUUAAUGGGCUCCGAACCCCAUAAGCAUGCUCUGUUUCUCAUUCCGUUUCUUUUUGUUUCCCCAUUGUGGUAUCAACAUUGCCUUACUGUUUGAAGUCUCUUCGUUAGCGACGAGAACGAAAAUCAUGUUUUGAGAUGGUUUCCAGAGUCUAAAUAAAAGGAGUAUAAAAGACCACCUUUGAGAUGCUGGAAACUUGGGAAUGUUCCAUCUCAUUUUUAUUUUGCAUCUGGCCCAUCAUAUAUUACAAACUUAGUUUCGUUAUCACCCAUGUUUCUAUUUUGUGUUUUAUUGUCCUCGAUUCAUAGCCAAUUGCUCUUUUCCUUGUGUUCAUCAUUCUGCACCAACUCGAGUUUGAGGUUCACAUCUUACCGUACGCCAUAUAUCGUUUUGGAUUCAAGUUGUUAUCUUUCUGAGAUGGAACGAGUUGUCCUUUCUAAAAGACGUCAAUAUACUAUAGAUUACAACGAUACAUGUCCAAGUCCAACAAUACAGUAUAGUAUCAGGAGAAAGCAAUACACAUUACACAGCAAAUUGUUGGGAGUAAGAGUGUGUGUGGCCGCCGGCCGCAACAUCAUUAGCAAGGGUUUCACAUAUACACAGCUUAAACCUGUACUGUCUGCACAUCUCGACAAGAACCAUUUGAUAAGAGGGUUAUCUUCUGGCAUCAGCUAUUCUCUUCACACCUUCUUCUCUCUUUGUCCCUCUUUUUAUGCCAGCGAAGGAGUCUUCUCGCCUGCUUAAAGUUGGAUCCCUGUGAUUGCUGGCAAGCUGCAGAAGCCAGUGUGUUUGAUCGUGGGUAGCAAUGACAACAGCAGUAGCGAUGCUAGAAUCAUGUCCGUAUUGUAUUGGAGGAGUAUAAAUUAUCUUCUAUUGACGUCAUAAUCUAGAGUGUUGUCUCCACGGACAGCCACCUUCAAACGCAUGUUCCAGCACGUCUUCCAUUCUCUUUGCCAGCAGAAUCUGUAAACGACGACAUGUAUGAUCAAGCUCUAGUGUGGGGAAAUUCAAAAGUGUAAACAAGUGACUAAAUCGACAUUCGGAUC